GUGAUCCGCAAUCCAAUCUCCGACACACGAUUCCGUGGACAUUCUGACGAAAGUGUUAAUGUCAAUCUCCUUUUUUGCGUCUAAGCUUAAAAGAGUCUGAUUUCUUAUGAGUCACGAUUUCGGUCACACUGCACCCUCGGACAAACUUUGCUUAUUCAUUGGAAACAAAGAAGAAACACGGUGAUUAUAAUAUAUUGGUUUAUCCACAAAUCCACAACUCCAGCAAAAUUGAUCUUAUAAAUAUAUAGAAUAUGACAGAGUGUAUUCCAUGCACAGGCUCAGUCUAGUCAACUUCAACAUAGUUAGAGACUCAACCCGGCGGAAGUUCCUUUUCUUUAUUUGGUUGUUCUUUCUCAAGUUUCGUUUUCAGACAAUUUAUUUGAAGAAUUUGGUAGGUGAUACCUGCAAGCCUCUGAAGUUUAUAUGUGAAUCAAUUUGUCAAGGAAAAAAGUCCAUGUUCCGUGUUGGUGUGUCAGCGAAUGUGCCUCGAAGCGGUGCAUCAUCACUAAGAUUAGGUGCGCGCAGAAUUUUGGUGCUGACUAAACAAACGUUGCCAACAAAAAAUACAGCUGUAGUGGGACCUUUGGGAGCGUCUCACAGACGAGGAAGAGAAGCUCAUCUUUCAAGCACACUUGGGGUAUCAACAUUUAGGCCACUUUCUUCGUCCAAAGUUUUGCGGUCGGCAGCUGGUGACACAAUGCCGGUCACGGUGCAAGUUCCAGCGGGGGCCACUUCGCCCAAGGAAGCUAUCGACCAGCUGAUUGCCUCGCAUAAGCUGAUGAUGUUCUCAAAAAUGUGGUGUCCAUUCUGCCGGAGAGGAAAAGACGCACUAGAUUCUGUCGUUGGACCAGAAAAUUACGCUGUAUUCGAACUUGAAGACAUGGAGAGAGGAUUUAUGAAAGGCUUUGUCAUAAAAAUGAGUGGGCGGGUGAUUUUCUCCUCCACCUUAGGUGAUAGUUGAGUAUAUGGAUUCGCGCUAUCUUCCUCGAUCAGGUUUGUCCUCUACCUUUUUUAGCAACAUCGACUUAGACUGCAUGUGCUUGCAGAGGAUACUAGCUUACACGAGAAACACCAUCUGAGAUCGAACUUAUUAUGUUUUAAGAAUAGAACUCCGUGAAAACUACACAUUUCGUGCAAGAGGACUUUUUCUAAGACAUCUUUGGUGUCCGGAAGUGGCGAGCCUGCGGAUUUUCAAGAUUAUUUCAAGGAAAUUGCGGGCACGCGAACAGUACCGAAAGUGUUUCUAGGAGGCAAAUUCAUUGGAGGUGGGGAUGAGGUCACCGCGCUAGCGAAAAGCGGGCAAUUGGAAACGAUGGCAAUAAAAGCAGGCGUCCUUAAGCCAGCAAAAACUGCAGCUCCGACAGAGACCAAUGUUCGGUAUUUCGUAAAUGGAAAGCAAGUCGCAGCGCCCGAUGGAAGCAAAUACUAGCAAAGCUGUCCGACGGUCGCCGGCUUGCUUUGUAGUGCAACGGAUACCCUCCGCGUGUAAAAAGUACUUCUCGGCUGCAGUGAAAGAAAUCCCUUGCCGCAGCAUGCACUUGCAUCGACGGGAUUCGCCCUCAGCUCUCGUUUCAAUCAACUCCACCCACAGGAAUAAAGAUGGAACUAAAAAACCACUGCCACACCUCAACUCUUCUCAAUCCGAAAUGAAACUUACUUUUAUGUCUUCGGGAAAGUUCAAGUUCUUUAUGCUGAUAUCUGGCUUGGUAGAGCAGCCUAAUCGCGGCUUCGGGGUCCGCCUUGCUCGCACUUUGUUGUUCGUGCUUUCUCGGCAACGUCAUCUUACUUUACACGACUGAAAGGACCCUCCAGAGAGCAAUGUCAUAGUCGAGUGAGAGACGAGGGCACCAUCGAGUUGCAGUGGCUUGCUUUGGCACCAAAUUUCAGGAAAAAAACGACUGUAACCAAGUAGUUGAUCAGACACGCAAAAUUGAUCUUAUAAAUAUAUAGAAGAUGACAGAGUGUAUUCCAUGCACAGGCUCAGUCUAGUCAACUUCAGCAUAGUUAGAGAUUCAACCCGGCGGAAGUUUCUUUUCUUUUGGUUGUUCUUUCUCAAGUUUCGUUUUCAGUCAAUUUCAAUUUGAAGAAUUUGGGAGGUGAUACCUGCAAGCCUCUGAAGUUUAUAUGUGAAUCAAUUUGUCAAGGAAAAAAGUCCAUGUUCCGUGUUGGUGUGUCAGCGAAUGUGCUACGAAGCGGUGCAUCAUCACUAAGAUUAGGCGCGCGCAGAAUUUUGGUGCUGACUAAACAAACGCUGCCAACAAAAAAUACAGCUGUAGUGGGACCGUUGGGAGCGUCUCACAGACGAGGAAGAGAAGCUCAUCUUUCAAGCACACUUGGGGUAUCAACAUUUAGGCCACUUUCUUCGUCCAAAGUUUUGCGGUCGGCAGCUGGUGACACAAUGCCGGUCACGGUGCAAGUUCCAGCGGGGGCCACGUCGCCCAAGGAAGCUAUCGACCAGCUGAUUGCCUCGCAUAAGCUGAUGAUGUUCUCAAAAAUGUGGUGUCCAUUCUGCCGGAGAGGAAAAGACGCACUAGAUUCUGUCGUUGGUCCAGAAAAUUACGCUGUAUUCGAACUUGAAGACAUGGAUAGAGGAUUUAUGAAAGGCUUUGUCAUAAAAAUGAGUGGGCGGGUGAUUUUCUCCUCCACCUUAGGUGAUAGUUGAGUAUAUGGAUUCGCGCUAUCUUCCUCGAUCAGGUUUGUCCUCUACCUUUUUUAGCAACAUCGACUUAGACUGCAUGUGCUUGCAGAGGAUACUAGCUUACACGAGAAACACCAUCUGAGAUCGAACUUAUUAUGUUUUAAGAAUAGAACUCCGUGAGAACUACACAUUUCGUGCAAGAGGACUUUUUCUAAGACAUCUUUGGUGUCCGGAAGUGGCGAGCCUGCGGAUUUUCAAGAUUAUUUCAAGGAAAUUGCGGGUACGCGAACAGUACCGAAAGUGUUUCUAGGAGGCAAAUUCAUUGGAGGUGGGGAUGAGGUCACCGCGCUAGCGAAAAGCGGGCAAUUGGAAACGAUGGCAAUAAAAGCAGGCUUCCUUAAGCCAGCAAAAACUGCAGCUCCGACAGAGACCAAUGUUCGGUAUUUCGUAAAUGGAAAGCAAGUCGCAGCGCCCGAUGGAAGCAAAUACUAGCAAAGCUGUCCGACGGUCGUCGGCUUGCUUUGUUGUGCAUCGGAUACCCUCCGCGUGUAAAAAGUACUUCUCGGCUGCAGUGAAAGAAAUCCCUUGCCGCAGCAUGCACUUGCAUCGACGGGAUUCGCCCUCAGCUCUCGUUUCAAUCAACUCCACCCACAGGAAUAAAGAUGGAACUAAAAAACCACUGCCACACCUCAACUCUUCUCAAUUCGAAAUGAAACUUACUUUUAUGUCUUCG